CAAGGAAUCACAACUACAUUGAUCGAUCGAAAAUGAAAUCUGCAUUCUUCCUACUUUUUCUCGUUGUCCUUUCCGUUUCCAACUCUCCCUUUUCUUCUGCAGCAGAAGCACCGAACCCGGUGCUUGAUGCUAAAGGGAAAAUAGUCCGAUCCGGUGCACGGUAUUACAUAUGUCCGGUGUACCCGAGUACCGGCGGCCUCACACUAGAGAGCCUAGACAACAAACCAUGCCCUCUUGACAUUGUGCAAGAGGAUCAGGUCCCUGGACUUCCUGUGUCAUUUUAUCCUAUUAAUCUCAAAAAAGGCGUGGUUCGCGUUUCUACAGAUCUCAACGUGGAAUUCCCGACUGCUUGUAAGACUAAAUGUCCAAAUUCGAAUUGGUGGACGUUUGAUGUUUGCCCUGCGACUAAAAACUAUUUCCUCUCAACUGGUGGGCAGCUGGGAAAUCCCGGACCAAAUACCAUCAGAAACUGGUUUAAGAUUGAACCAUACGGCCCGGGGCUGUACAAGUUUCUUUACUGUCCCACAUUUAGCAAAGUGGAUUGCAAAUAUGUUGGUAUUGUCGUCCAAAAUGGAAAGAGACGUUUGGCUCUGAGCGAUGUUCCAAUGAAGUUUGUGUUGAAGCAAGCUUAAAUGAUGAUUUGAAUUCCUCAUGCAUGAUCGAUCAUCAUGUUUUGCUUUUGUUUGUGCUUUACAAAUAAGACAAGUACGUAUAUUGUCAUGUUUGGGUAGCUACUUUUGGUUACGAAUAAUUAAUAUUUUCAAGUUGUAAUUUCAAAAUUGAGUGAAAUAAGGGACUAACGCAUUCCCUAGAGUCUUAUAAUGAUCAGUGGAAUAAACAUAUGAAUAAAUGAAUUUUUACUUUUAC